CCACAGCUUAGAGAUCAUUCAUGUAUUUCGUACACAAAAUUUGAAGGCCGAUGGCCUAGUACACAGUGGUAGAAAACAAACGUCAUUUGUUGUGCAUAUGGAUGCAGAGCUACCGUUUUGGUUUAUAGAAUUUGUCUGAGUCUGUAAAAGUUGAUGACAAAAAAAAACGACUUCCGAGGAUGGUCAGAUCUGGUGGCGACGACUUACUCUUUAUGGUUCAACAAUAUGUAAUGUAACGACAUAAUGUGCACAUACGACAUAUUGAGAGGUGAAGAUGUUAUAGAAGUUGUGAAGGAUUUAAAAUAUUUUAAAAGACUUUAAGGAAUACAACGUUUUAUAUCUAGUAUACUAUUCUAACAGUUUGAUAAAUUAGUUUGAUUCAAUAUAUAACUUUAUGUAUAUUGUAUUUUAUUUCUGAUGAAAUUUUAGUAAUUAUUAUCUUUUGACAUUUUUUUUUUGUUUUUCUUCUCAUCAAUCUACCAUAGUGAAAAUGUCUCUCAAGAUCAAAUCUAUUGUUACAAGAAAAACAAGUGAAUCUCUCAUCGCCAUCCGUGGAGGUUCUGAUGAGCUAAAUAAAGGAUUCAUUUAUUGGAAACAUAUCUAUAUAUGGUAUGCUUCUUACACACGUUUUCUUUGAACUUUACAAAAGCCAUUUUUAUCUACUCUGCCAAUAUUAACAUGCCAAAUAUAGACUCCUUCAUGGGUGUUCCAUCGAUCCAAACUAACCUCUCAAAUCUUAAUCCUCCUCUCUCUCUUUUUGCUCUUUCUUUUGUCAAAACUCAAAAAAAUAUGUCUAUUCUCAGCUGAAACAAACAAACUGAUUCGUUCGAUCGGUAACUGAACAAUCCAUAUAGGAAAAAACACAUUAACAAAUCAUCGCCAUUUUUAGCCAAAAUCCGAUUCAGUUUCUCAAGAAUUUUGCUACUGCAUGUUGAGCAAAGUCUGUGUUACAUUCCUUUUUAGGAUAUUAGGUGUUGAUUCUAACAAAGAUGUUAUCUUCUUUUCGAAUCCCAUCCAUGGGAACCCAGCCGGCGGCAUUCGCAGCUAAAAUAACAGACACCACAAAGACCGUGGCGCAACUCAAGUCAGCUGCGACCCCCGCGCCUCACAGCACCGUCACGUGCGGUUACCAAGCUCACGUGGCGGGCUUCUUCCGCAACGUCACGGUUUUAUGGUCCAAGAACCUCAUGAACCAUUCCCUCACCGUCAUGGUCUCGAGUCUAGACAACGACAUGAACUACUGCUGCAAGAUCGACCUCGUGAAGCCGUGGCAGUUCUGGAGCAAAAGAGGAUCGAAAUCGUUCGAGGUGGAAGGAAACUUCGUGGAGGUCUUCUGGGAUCUGAGGUCGGCGAAGCUGUCGGGAAACGGUAGCCCCCAGCCGGUGUCAGAGUACUACGUGGCGAUAGUUUCGGACGAAGAGGUUGUCUUGUUGUUGGGAGACUUGAAGCAUAAAGCUUACAAGAGGACGAAGUCAAGACCCGCGUUGGUCGAAGGGUUUAUGUAUUUCAAGAAAGAGAGCAUAUUUGGGAAGAAAACGUUUUCGACGAGAGCGAGAUUCGACGAGCAGAGGAAGGAACAUGAAGUGGUGGUGGAGAGCUCGAACGAUGAGAAAGAUCCGGAGAUGUGGAUAAGCGUGGAUGGGAUCGUGGUGGUGCACGUGAAGAGUCUGCAGUGGAAGUUUAGAGGAAAUGUGAUGGUGUUGGUGGACAGAACUCCUGUGAUGGUGUACUACGAUGUGCAUGAUUGGUUGUUUGGGAGUUCGGAGUCGACGGCGAGCUCAGGCCUGUUUUUGUUUAAGCCUGUGGCGGUUGGAACGAUGGUGGAGGAGUGUUUUAGCGAUGCGGAGGAAGGAGAUAGCGGAGGAGGGAGUAGUCCUUUGAGUCGGUACAAUUCAGCAGCAUCUAGUGGUUAUGGGCCAUUGCAUGACUUUUGUUUGUUUCUUUAUGCUUGGAAACUUGAGUGAUAAAUGUUAAUACACCAUAGAAACUUUAUAGUGUUUUAUACUCUUUAUAUCUUUUCUUAUAAUUUAUUUGAUCACCGGGAGAGAUUUCUUG